CUGGAAUGCCUGUGGCUGCUCUGGUCUGAGCCUGUGGUGUCUUGAGAUUGGCCUGGAGCCGGAAGAAAGAAAACCUUUAGCUCAGAGAGAAGCUCUGUGAUCCCCACAUAGCACCAACACAGAGCCACUGCAUGCCCAGGAAGCCACAAGGCCAGGAGACUGAGAGAUCAAAAACCUCUGCCUCCCUGUUCUUUCCACCUCAAGAGGGGAACUCCAGCCUGGACAGUCUCCCUGCCCUCAUCUGCGGCGUCAUUGAAUUUUACUCAUUUUCAUAAAAGACUGGCCCUGAGGGAUUCAGAGAAGCAGAGCAGGUGCUGGCCCCUGACUCAGCAGCAUGGAGCUGGUCYMGGACACCUCYCGCCCUCCACURGUCARKGUGAAGGGGGUCCCGCUCAUCAAGUACUUUGCAGAGAUGGUGGRGCCACUUCAGAGCUUCCAGGCCUGGCCCGAUGACUUGCUCAUCAGCACCUACCCCAAGUCUGGUACCACAUGGGUAAGCGAGAUAGUGGACAUGAUCUACCAGAGUGGUGACCUAGAGAAGUGUCAUCGGGCCCCCAUCUUUGUACGGGUGCCCUUCCUUGAGUUCAAGGGCCCAGGGGUUCCCUCAGGUCUGGAAACUUUGAAAGAUACACCUGCCCCUCGGCUCCUCAAGACACACUUGCCCGUAGGCCUGAUUCCCCAGAGUCUGUUGGAUCAGAAGGUCAAGAUGAUCUAUGUUGCCCGCAAUGCAAAGGACGUGGCUGUCUCCUAUUACAACUUCUACAAAAUGGCCAAGGUGCACCCUGACCCUGGCACCUGGGACAGCUUCUURGAGAAGUUCAUGGACGGACAAGUGUCCUAUGGGUCGUGGUACCAGCACGUGCAGGAGUGGUGGGAGCUGAGCCGCACCCACCCGGUGCUCUACCUCUUCUAUGAAGACCUGAAGGAGAACCCCAAAAGGGAGAUUAGAAAGAUCCUGGAGUUUCUGGGGCGCUCCCUGUCAGAGGAGACGGUGGAUCACAUCGUCCAGCACACAUCCUUCAAGGAGAUGAAGAAGAAUCCCAUGACUAACUACAGCACCAUACCAACUGAGAUAAUGGACCACAGUAUUUCUGCCUUCAUGAGGAAAGGCGUGACAGGGGACUGGAAAUCCAUCUUCACUGUGGCCCAGAAUGAACGCUUUGAUGCCCACUAUGCUGAGAAGAUGGCAGGUUGCAAGCUCAACUUCUGCUGGCAGCUCUGAGUGGUGUCGUGGGGAGCCACUGCAGGGGGAGCGUGGGCAUAAGCCUGACCCAUGACCUCAAGAAUAAAAUAUGAUGUGUCCAACAAGAGGCUCUGYUGGAAGCA